UUUUCGCGGUAAUGCUAUAACAAGACGCCAAAUCGUCAGAAAGCCCGCCGCGUCGUUCUUAUGUGCAUCUCGUGUAACUCGCAGUUAUCUCCUAAGUAAACGUAUAACCAAUAUAUUUGCAGUAUUACUUGAAACAAAAUGAGCAAAGGAAAGGAAUCAUCCCCUUCUGGAACUGAAGCACAAGAAUUCAGUGUUGAAAAAGUUUUAGACAGAAGGGUAGUUAAAGGAAAAGUUGAAUAUUUUUUGAAAUGGAAAGGAUAUUCUAAUAAUGAUAAUACAUGGGAACCAGAAGAAAAUCUAGAUUGUCCAGAUUUAAUUGCACAGUUUGAAGAGCAGCGAAAAAAGAAAGAAGCAGCUGCAGCUAAACGACUUGAAGAUAAAGAACAAAAGAAGCGAAAAAGUUCAAGUACUCCUACUCCUACCCAAGCUAAGAAAAAAGCAACAGAAGAAAAACCAGAAGGCUUCGACAGAAAUUUAGAACCGGAACGAAUUAUUGGUGCAACAGACUCAAGUGGAGAAUUGAUGUUUUUAAUGAAGUGGAAAGGAACAGACGAUGCAGAUUUAGUACCUGCUCGAAUUGCCAAUGAAAAGUGUCCACAGAUUGUAAUAAAGUUUUAUGAAGAACGAUUAACAUGGCAUAGUCCUACUCAUGAUGAGGAAGGUUCAACAAAAGCUGAUGCAGAGUAGCGUCCAGCCUUCCAAUAUACUUACACAGCACGCUUUAGAAUUUGUCGCAUAUAACAAAAGAGUAGCGUGUACAGAAUGCAAGAUUUAAAAGUUUAUUGGUUAUUGCACAAUGAUGAUAGCAUAGAGUUAAUGUUUUUUUUACAACCCCAUGGCACACUACAUUUGAACAAAUAUGCAAAAUUUAUUUUAUACUUUUCUGUACUAUUAAGUAAAAAAGAGCUACUUAUGAUGUACUUUUGUGAAACUUAUACUCACAUGUUCUUUUACAGUUGUUACUUCUGACAUAAGAAUUAGUAAGAGAAUGUUUCUAUUAAAUUUAAUAUACAAUAUAAAUUUAAAAGCUGAAUCUUGAUGUGUCUCUUCAGCAUAUAAUAUACAGUUUGUAUGGUAGAUGUAACUUAUUUCUUAAUAUAAUUUUAUUUACUUUGUUAUAUCAAUUAGUUAAUUAAAUUUACAACUGCUCUUUCAGUAUUUGACUUUGACUAUGCUUUGUUUCAGUUGCUAAAAAAGUAAAAGAAAAGAAAAACAUUAACUAAUUUUAAAUCUAUGAAAAUGUCUUUUAUAAUAACUUCUAGAAUAUUUGUUUUUGUAUGAUAUGAAAUUUGUACCAAAAUUGAUAAGUUGACAAAUUUUAGAAGUAUUAAGUAGUCCGACAGCAACUGAAAUUCUUUUCUCUUGCAGCAUUCAAUAUCGGUAUAAUAAUUGUUUAUGUCAUAAAUUAAUCUUUCAGAUAACAGUUAACUUGACUACCUAAAAUCAAUUAUUUUAGUGUCUAAGAAUUCGCAGAUAAGUGUAUAAUUCAUGUUCAUUACUUUGUAUGAAGUAUCAAUUAAAGGACUAUUUCUUUUUUA